CGUCUGCUCCGUUGCUCCAUCACAAGAUCUGUAAAUUGUCCAAAACGCAGCGUUUUGAGCACCAGUCCGAAACCCUAGGUUUGAAGAAGGGAAGCAAGUGCUAUUGAAGCUCUAAUGGCUUCGCAACCCAUGUUAGGCCCUAGAACGCAGAGUUUUGAAGCAGAAAAAUCGGCGGCGACGCUUUUGAUUCGGCAUCUCCCCGAAGCCAUUCCUCAGGACACCCUGUCUCGCCUCUUCUCCAGCUAUGGCGCUUCUUCUGUCCGUCCUUGCACUUCUGGAAGGUUGAGGAACUGUGCAUUUGUGGAUUUCAAGAGUGAAAUGUUGGCUUCUCAAGCACUACGCCAAUUAAAUGGGUUGAGGUUUCUUGGUAAAGUUUUGUUAGUGGAGAGAGCAAAUAAGCCAACUGAGGAUGAUAAACAAAAAAGUGAAGCUCUAUUUGGCAAGGAUCUUACUAAACCCGUAUCUUUAAUAAAGGAUUUUACCAUGGCCAGAGAUCUCGGUGAAGGAUUGAAGUCAAGCUCCUUACCUGCUAGUGAACCCAUCGCUGCAAGACUCGGCAUUGAUUACCCAUUUCCUCCCCACCUUGAGUACGCUUACCCCCCACCAGAUGGAAAUAUUCUGACCAACAUUGUAAAUGCUCUAAUUGCUGUUCCUCGCUUCUAUGUACAGGUGUUGCACUUGAUGAACAAAAUGAACAUUCCAGCUCCAUUUCGUAUGGCCUUGCCCACCCCACCUUUACCACCUCCAGUACCUGCCCCGCCACCACCACCUCCACCCCCUGAAGCUGCAAGACCUAACUUGGAAGAUCUAUCUAGUGGCGAGUCUGAAAUGGAAUCAUCAGAUGAGGAGGUCGAUGGCAAAGCCUAUUUUACUGGGCCUCCAAGAGAAACAAAACCUGGUCGAAAGCGUGUCAAACGAGAAGCUAUUGUAGGCCCUGGAGUUGAUAAAGAUGUGGCUCAUGAGGCUGUUGGAGUGAAACCUGCCACCUUGGUUCCUAAAGAGAUUCCAAUGAUAAAAAAGAAGAACCCUGUGUUGCAGAUCAAAAUUGCCCCCAAGGUAAUCACUGAACAUAAAGAUGAAUGUAGCAUCAUGAAAGAAUCGGAGGAUUCUGAGAAAGAGGAUUUUGAUCUCAAACCUUAUGCAACCUUGGAAGAAUUAAAAAGUGGAAAGUUGCCUCCAGAGGAAAUCUUAUCACUUCCAAUGUUUAAGAACUAUACGGCUGGGAAUCCUGCUCCUGUGUUGUACAUAAAGAACUUGGCAAAAGAUGUGGUUGUAGAUGACUUCUAUUUCAUAUUUGGAUCAUUAUUUGGAAGUGUGGAUGCUGCUAAAUCUGGCCUUAGUGUGAAGUUGAUGCAGGAGGGAAGAAUGAGGGGCCAAGCUUUUGUGACAUUUCCAUCAGUUGAACUUGCUCAUCAUGCUUUGAAUGUAGUGAAUGGAUACGUCUUCAAAGGCAAGCCAAUGAUUAUCCAGUUUGGUCGGAACCCUGCUGCUGCAAAAGAGAAAUAAACUGAUAUCCUGCAAUAGGAACAACUAUUAUGAUGCAUGAGGACAAAUGGACCUGUUGAAGAGGCAAAGCCCAGGUAAAUUCUGACGAUGAUCUGCUGCACCAAAUGCAGGCACUUAUGCCUUCGCUAAGUUUAUCCUUUAAUUUAUCAAGGGCUUGAGGGUAUUGAAUACAAGCACACUCCUGAAUCAAUCAUAAUGAAGGAUGUGAAGGAAAUUUUUAGGCCAAAAUUUUUUCAGGCGGCCAACCCAGUUGGCCUUGGCUUCUCAAUUGUCAUGCUCAAGGCAACUAUUCCAUUUCUAUAUCCUUCAUUAAACCCUAAUGUGAUUUUUGAAUUGACAUCAUAAUCGUCUUCAUUUAACUAGUUUUGCUUUCUAGAGCUGUGUGGACUGACUUUCUUUCUUCUGAUUAGAUUUUGUACAACACAUUGUGUACCUUGAGAAGGAUUUUUCAUCCUCUGUAAGUAUUAAUCUCACAGCAAUGAAAUGUUCAUUUCUACCUGAUCUAA